UCCCCUGACCCUCCCCACCACAUUUUUGAGGCGCCGCGUCACUUGAUAUGUAUAUAUAUAUAUAUACGUAUAUAAUGCGACAUCAACUGAUCCGAAUGCUAGGAAGGAUUAUUCAUCGCAUAUAGUCUGGUCUUCUGGCUUUGUUUUCUGCGUCUGCAUAAUUUAAUUUCUCAUCCCCGAUCAAUCUCCACUGUACCAUCUGUAUAAAUAGUUACACAAUGACGAUGAGCUCAAUGUCGAUGCUGAAUCCAAAGCCGCCACCUUUACGGCGCCUUCCUACCAGUGCCAGUGGUGGGCUUGACAUGCAACUCCUCAUCCAUCAGCGGCCGCAGCGGUUAGACAAUGUUGUGGUGGUCAUGGGAGCUACCGGCACCGGCAAAUCAAGACUCUCCAUCGACCUCGCCACCCGUUUCCCUGCUGAAAUUGUGAACUCCGACAAAAUGCAAGUAUACAGAGGGCUUGACAUUGUCACCAAUAAAAUCACUGAUGACGAGCGUCGCGGGGUCCCGCACCACCUGCUAGGAGUGAUCGAUCCUAAUGCGGAUUUUACUGCUACAAGUUUCUGCAGCAAGGCUUCGGCCGUCACCAAAUCUAUAGUCGGCCGGGGCAAGCUUCCAAUCAUCGUGGGGGGCUCCAAUUCUUUUGUGGAGACCCUGAUCGAAGGUGGUGAGGGCCGGUCGAGAUACAAUUGUUGCUUUCUCUGGGUGGACGUGUCAUUGCCCGUGCUACAUUCCUUCGUAUCCGAGCGAGUGGAUCGGAUGGUUGAGAAAGGAAUGGUGGAUGAGAUAAGGGAAAUUUUCAACCCGGAUAGUUGCGAUUACUCGAGAGGCAUUAAAAGAUCAAUUGGGGUGGCUGAAUUCGAUCGGUACUUUCGAGCUAAACCAUUUUGCGAGGCCAGGCUGCGAGAGGAAGCCAUAAAUCAGACCAAGGCUAACACGUGCAAACUGGCCUGUCGCCAACUGGAUAAAAUCAUUCGACUGAGAAAUGUGAAGGGAUGGAAAAUCCACCGGCUAGAUGCUACCGCAGCGUUCAGAAAACGUGGCGAAGAAGCGGAUAAAGAGUGGGAGAAUCUUGUGGUGGGUCCCAGCACGAAAAUCGUCUCUAGAUUCCUGUACAACCAUGCCACCGUCACAAGUGCGCAGGUGAGGUUGGGGGUGGGGAAGGCGGUGCCGGUGGCAGCUGCUGCAACUCACCAGAGAACGAGUUGCACUGUUAUUAACUUAUAAUCAUGCGGUGCCGGUGGCAACUAUGCUACAUGAUGCAGCAAAGUUUUGGCGAUGUUGAUGUCUGCUGAAUUAAGUAGUAGCCGCAGUAGUAGUAGUAGCCAUUUUCGUCUAGUGACCACACCUGACAGUUUGAGUGUUGACACUGCACUGCACUAGUAGUAGUAGUAUGAUAUCAUCGUCUUUUCGGUUUAGGUCACAUCUGUACACUACAGGAUUUAUCAUCUUGCCCCUGUAAUACACUAAUACUUUGCAGUAGCGUCAAAUAAUCGAGCCCUGCUGUCCACCUCUCUGCCCAUUGACUGGGCUGUAAUAUGAGAUCGCUUGUUCUCUAUGGUUGUGUGAUGAAGAGGAGAAAAUA